GCGAGCGAGCUGCCUCAAAUGCCUGGAAUAAUUCCGCUUCCGUUUGGAAAGCCGCAGCCUCAGUCCCGCCGCCGCCCGCCGCGGCCGCCCAGCUCCAGCUCUGUGUCCCGCCGCCAUGGCCACAUCCCCACAGAAGUCGCCCUUGGUCCCCAAGUCUCCUACUCCCAAGUCGCCUCCGUCCCGCAAGAAAGAUGACUCGUUCUUGGGGAAACUCGGAGGGACGCUGGCCCGGAGGAAGAAAGCCAAGGAAGUAUCCGAGUUCCAGGAGGAAGGAAUGAAUGCCAUCAACCUGCCUCUUAGCCCCAUCUCCUUCGAGCUGGACCCCGAGGACACUAUGCUGGAGGAGAAUGAAGUCCGGACAAUGGUCGAUCCAAACUCACGCAAUGACCCCAAGCUUCAAGAGCUGAUGAAGGUGCUCAUUGACUGGAUCAAUGACGUAUUGGUGGGAGAGAGAAUCAUCGUGAAGGACCUUGCUGAAGAUCUCUAUGAUGGCCAAGUCCUGCAGAAGCUCUUCGAGAAACUGGAGAGUGAGAAGCUCAACGUGGCCGAGGUUACCCAGUCGGAGAUCGCCCAGAAGCAAAAGCUGCAGACUGUGCUGGAGAAGAUCAAUGAGACCCUGAAGCUUCCUCCCAGGAGCAUCAAGUGGAACGUGGACUCUGUUCAUGCCAAGAACCUGGUUGCCAUUCUCCACCUGCUGGUUGCUCUGUCUCAGUAUUUCCGGGCACCAAUUCGACUCCCAGACCAUGUUUCCAUCCAAGUGGUUGUGGUCCAGAAACGAGAAGGGAUCCUCCAGUCUCGACAAAUCCAAGAGGAAAUAACUGGUAACACAGAGGCCCUUUCUGGAAGGCAUGAACGUGAUGCCUUUGACACACUGUUUGACCAUGCACCAGACAAGCUCAAUGUGGUGAAGAAGACCCUCAUCACAUUCGUGAACAAGCAUCUGAAUAAACUGAACUUGGAGGUCACAGAACUGGAGACACAGUUUGCAGAUGGGGUCUACCUGGUGCUGCUCAUGGGGCUCCUGGAGGGCUACUUUGUACCCCUACACAGCUUCUUCCUGACCCCAGACAGCUUUGAACAGAAGGUCCUGAAUGUCUCCUUUGCCUUUGAGCUCAUGCAAGAUGGAGGGCUGGAAAAGCCUAAACCUCGGCCAGAAGACAUUGUCAACUGUGACCUGAAGUCCACGCUGAGAGUACUAUACAACCUCUUCACCAAGUACCGGAAUGUGGAGUGAGGCCCUGGGCUGCCUCCUGCUGCCCAGCCACUCUUGUGAAGGCCAUCUGGACCAGCUUCCCAACUGCCUUGCCCUGCUUGCUCCUGUCUCUUGUUCUACCCUCUCCCACAAGCCCAACAACCACCCAGAGAUAGUGGACAUUAAAAUCAGUAAGGAAAUGACCACUAACUCAGUGGGCUAAUAAUAUCUGUAGGCUCUGGGGACUGAAUCAGUGGUGACUUGGGAAAUUGUCUUCAUCCAAAUUCAGGCCCUAGAGGUUCCUACAUGUGCUGUGGGGAUCAGCACAGCCCAGAGACAGUCCCCCAGAACACAGGAAUAAAGAUCAGAAUUAGUCCCCACAAUAAGGGGGAGUUUCUACCGUGCUCAAGUUCAUUAGGCUUGUGUCUUAUUAAAUGAGAUCAUUCUUCCCUGUUAUAGAUGAAGAAACUGAGGCCCAGAGAUGCAGAAGUUUGCUAUCCAUUAUCAUGUAUUUUUCCUCUCUGGGUAACUUAGUGGUUUAUGACUGGUCAAUUGCAUUCCAUUCUGUGUGUGUCCUAAAAUGUGUGCAUGCUUGUACAGACCAGCCUCACCUGCAUAUACCUGUGUCCUCUAGCAGACAAGACACUCUGAUCUUACCCUAGGGCAGGCCAGGUCAGGGCUGGGUGAUUCGCACUAAAAUUGCCAAAUUGAAUUUAACUCAAUUAAUACUGUGUGUGGCAGGAGCCUCAUCCCUCAAAUCCUUUGUACAAAUGAAAAUUACCCUUAAUUCCUUCAGAUUGGUAAUAAGCCCACGCUCUGGUUGCAAGAUGACAUUUGGGAAGGGUUCUGUUUGGAAUUAAUAGAGUGCCCAUUUUGCAGCCUUUUUGCUUGAUUGCAUGUAAUGGAUGUGCCCUAUAUUUUCCUGCAAAAUAAGUACUCAAUUCAUUAUCGUUAGGCAAAUGUACGGUAUGCUUGCACAUGGCAAAGAACUGGGUGCAGACCCACUGGAGCAUUGCCUGAGAAGUAGGGCUCGUCAACAGGGACCCUUGAACUUUAAAAAAAAAAGAACCUCCUUUUUGCCUUCUAAUUGGUCAUUUAGGCCAUUCUGGCUAAGUCUGCCCACAUGCAAUUAUUGGCUAAUUCCAGGCAUGGAAAAUGUCAGUCAUUUAAACUAAAGCUCGGCAUCUAGUCUCCUCACUCCAGUGACUCAAGGGCUGCUGCUCAUGCAUCUCCUCAUACAAACCUGGCUUGGAAGGAUAGAGUUCUGCCAGUCUGCCCGAGGCCCUACAGAGAAAGCAAAGAGGCUGAUGGAAAAAGAGAGGGUCAGACCUAAGGGAACAAGAAAUGGAGGUGAGCGAGCUGGGUACUAACUACUUAACAUGUAGGGGAUACCGUCAGAGACAAAGCAGCAGGUAUAGUACUUAACUCUUGUGCUCUUCAGUUGAGAGGCUAAUGGGAUAUCUUGGGAUAAUGACCUGUGCGACUGCUGUCUUCAUAGAACUCCUAUGACAGGGAGAUGCCAGCUUGGGUUGACCCUUUCAGAAGUGUGUAACUCCCUAGUCUGUCCUUGUCUUAGUUAUGUUUCUCAAUGGAACAAAAGAACCUGAUGAGACAAUUUAUGGGAAAGGAGGGCUUGUUUUGGCUCAUGGUCUAAAGGCACCCAGCCCAUGAUGGAGGGCAGGUUAUGGCAGCCAUGGCAGGAAGAGCAUAUAGCUAGGACCCCUCACUUCAUCUGUCAGAACAAGGAGAGAACAGACAAGGAGCGAGGCUGAGCUGUCAAACCCCAAGGCCCUCCUCCCGUGAGGCUCCACCUCCUAAAGGAUUCAUAGUUUCUCAAAACAGUGUCACCAGCUGAGAGCAAAGUGUUCAAAAUGAGCCCAUGGGAGACACUUUCCACAUGCAAACAGAAACAUCUAGUAAAGCCUUCCCUAGUUUGAGGAUUCACUAAGAUGGCUUGCUAGACUCAGGCCUUUGUUCACAGCAUUUCCUGCCUGUUCUUGCUUCUCUUUGUACUGACCAUCCAGGGCAGCUCAGAUCCACUGUGCAUCUCCCCAGCUGUUGUUCUGUUCUAGGAAUCAUUAUUCAGCACAGUGAGCAUCUAAGAUGUGAAGGCAAUGCACUGUCUUCCAUUGAUCUAUGUAUAAGAACAGAAUUCUCUUUUGCAUAAUUAAUGAAAUAUCAUAGUUUUCAUUAGGAUUCAUGUUGGUCUCAUGCUCUUUUAAAUUUCUGUUAGUAAAUUGAGAUUUAUAACGGUUUGGUCUCUGUGAGCAGCACUGAAGUAGAAUGAAAUAAGAGACCCUCACGCACUUGAACUCUGCUGUCGGGGUCCUGCCUUGCUGUUCCCUGAUACUCAAGCCAUUAGAACACAGUACCCUAGCUGAGGACCCUCCACUGGGGUUUUGUAUUCUCCACAGUAGGAAACCAUAUCAGACCUUGGUAACUCUCUUAAUAGCAUGUCAGUAUACCCAACAAGUGAGUACUGGGACUAAGGUCUUUGCCUCAGCCCAGCAUCCCAAAGCUUGUGUCUGCUUUUAUAAAGCUAUGGUCUCAUGGAGGUGGGUGUUUCCCUUUAGAUUCUAGGAUCGAAUACUUAAGAUACGAUCGUGGGCCAGGCAGUGGUGGCACACGCCUUUAAUCCCAGCACUUGGAAGGCAGAGACAGGCAGAUUUCUGAGUUCGAGGCCAGCCUGGUCUACAGAGUGAGUUCCAGGACAGCUAGUGCUACACAGAGAAACCCUGUCUCAAAAAAACAAAACAAAACAAAAAAGAUACGAUUGUGGUUUUGAAAAAGAAAGAGACCUUGCCAUUAUAAGUAAUCAAACAGCUUUCAUCUCCUGGAAAAAAAAGAGAGGAAAGAAGAAACUGAGACAAGAAUCAUUCUGGCUCUCAGUUUGAGGGUACAGGGAAGGGGGAGGAUGGAGAGGCAGGGCCACGGGAGUGUGAGGCAACUGUUCAAGUUGCAUCUGCAGACAGGAAGCAGAGAGAGGUGAAUGCUGGUGCUCAGCCUACUGAUUUUUCAUUUAGUCUGGGACCCCAGCCUAUGAAACAGUACCACCACAGUCAGGGUGAGUCUCCCCCCUCAAUUAAUCAUCAUUAUUUUUAAUAGUUGAUAUAUAAGUAAAGCAGAAGGGAUGUCUGAUUAAAAACUCUGAGUAUCCGCCUCCCCUCUUCCCCAUUGAUUCCACUCUCCAUGGAGAUGACUGUCUUGAUCCAUUUCUUCCGCAUGAUUCCAGAAAUACUCUGUGCAAAUAAAGCCUGAAUGAACA